AUGGCAGACGAAGGUGCCUCAUCCCGCGAACUUUUGCUCGAAGCAUGCCGUCGUAACAACACCGAUCUCCUUUCCACUGUCUUGUCGGACUUCAAGUCCACUGACGAACUCGCCAAUUUCCUCAACACGGCAACCGACGCCUUGGGCUGUGGUGCCUUGCACAUUGGCGCACAGUAUGGCGCCUACGAGGUUCUAGACAUGCUUUUGGAUCAAGAGGGUGUAGAAAUCGACGGCGUGGAGAGAAGAGAGGGAGACACAUGCUUGCACAAAGCGGUCAGAUAUGUCAACAGCUUGACCAAGGACGAGUGGGAAGAGGGCCAGGCUAUCGUCGACAUCUUGAUCGACGCUGGCUGCGAUCCCAGAAUACGCAACAAGGCCAAGCUGCGCCCCAUCGACCUUACCGACCCUCGCAACACAGAGCUCAGGAGUGUCUUGCAAAAGGCCGAGUUCACCAUGUUGGCUGGUGACGACGUCGUACAAGAAGACGAUGACGACGCUGGUGCUGGCAGUGCCAGUGACAGCGAGUAA